UAACGAGAAGAAAAGGAGCCUGGGGGAGGGGGAGGGGGGGCGGGGGGAGGGGGUCGGGGGGGCGUAAGGUAAGGAGGGAAGCAAUUGACUGGGAGAUUAUGUUCACUGGGAACCUUAAGCGGGUGGCCAGAUGAGUGCGCCGAGGAGGAGUGGUCAAGCGGCACGGCGCAGUGGUGGUCACUAUCUUCAGGCUCAAGGGGGAUCCUUUGUAGCCUCGUCAAUUGCACCCAACAAUGCCGAUGGUGAGUCGGGCACUCCCGUUCCUUUGAUAGCUAACUUGCCUGAUGCUGCCGCAGCAGCUGUAGAUAGGGACAAAGGUGAACCGGCAGCAGGUACUCAAGACAUAGACCGUGAUGAGAAUUUGACCCUCCAGCUUGCCAGUAUGGAUGCGCGAGAAUUCCAAGGUCCAAUGUCCGGCUUCGAGGAAGCGGAACAACAGCAGCAGCAGCAGCAGCAACAUCAGCAGCAGCUGUGGUCUGAGAGUCAGGGAGGAGAGAGACGAAGGAGUAUCUCCGUUGGUCGAUCUGUAGAGUCGGAGAUGACGGCGGAUAUACUGAUGGAAUUCGUAGUGGAGAAACUGAAGCUCCUGAACUAUGAGAAAGAUUUCUGUCGUCGAAGAAAGCCCCCUUGGCCCCUGUUGCAUCGUUUCUACUUUGCGAUGCCCUCUGGAAACCCUAAUGAGCAGUUUUUCUAUUUUAGUAGCUUAGUUUCAUGGCUACUUGGGCUUGCUGGCCGGAAGGUCAACCCUCCGGGCCAGUUUGAUGACCCUAACGCCACUUGCAUAAGCAUCCUCGUAGAAUUGAGAGAUCUCGGGUUCGCGCAAGCGAGCUUUCCGCCUGCGAAGCUCAAGCAAGGGUAUGGCGACCUCGUCUGCAGCAUACUUGACGGCUUGGCGUCCUUCGUGCUGGAGAAGCAACGGUUUGUAUUCCGCCCACCAAUCCAUCCGUCUGACGAGGGUAUCGUUGAGGAGACUGACAUCGAUGUCACAGCAGAUGACAUGGCAGAGAUCGCUGAAGAGAUGGUUAUUCCCGGUUUGGAGGAGGAGGAGCCCUUCAUGCAGGAGGUUGAAAGGGAGAACGACUUCGGCAUCUCAGGUGAUGCAGAGGCAACCGCAGUGUUAGAGUCGAAGGUGGACCCCCAUGAGUGGAAGCUUGAGCUCGAACGUGUGGGACCGCAACUCCGUGUAACGGCUGUUGCUGACGUGAAGGACUGGAGGACGCACCUGGACCAGACGAAGCAAAUGCAUGAGCAGAUCACAAAACACCUCCCUGAGUGUAAAUUCCAGCUGGAGAAAGUGGAGAGCGAAGUUGCAUCCGCACUCGAGAAAUUGGGAACGCGGGAAAAGUACAUCAACACUCAGCUUGACCAACUGACACAAGAAUAUCGAGCCGUAAGGAACAGACUCUCCGAAGUGCAGGAUAAGCACAACAAAAGCAUGGUUAAUGUGUCGGAGCUUACAAAUGAGCUUGCAAGGGUAACGGAGGAGCUAGAGCGAGUGAAGAGGGUCAUGGACGAGAGAGGAAACGACAUAUCUGACGCAUCCCCCCUGAUUAACAUCAAGAAUGCGAUUCAGAGACUGAAGGCAGAGCUAAAGCAGAUGGAAGUGCGCAUUGGUGUUGUGGAGCACAACCUUCUUCAGGUGAACCUUAAGCAAAGGAACAAGGCCAACUCUGCAGGUCCUGCAGCAGACUCCUUUGAGACUGCCGAUGCAUUUCAUUGACUUUUUCUCGUGUAUUUAACUGUAUGUAAGUGUAUUAUACAUUCAGCUUCUACUUCACUUGUGCAGACUGCAGGGUUCCCCACUAGGAAAGUUUUUGUUUGCUGCCGGAUGAAAAACAUGCUGUCAACCUUCCUCGACUCUCUUGUCGCUGCCGAACAAAACCUGCUUAACAAC